GUUGUAUGUCAAUAUGUCGCAAUGCAUAGAUAACAUAUACUUCCCUCCAUAUUGUCUGAUCGCGAACCUACACCGGUCUACACGCAGGAGUUUCUACCAUGGGCAAACUGAACAUAUUUGCAAUAAGUUUAAAUAAUCCCCAAGGAGUGUAUUACCCGGGCCAGGUCCUUGAGGGACAUGUCACAGUGGAACUGAAUGGGGAAAUGAAAAUGAGAGGCAUAAGGCUCCAAUUCUUCGGUGGUGCUACUGUGAGAUGGUCGGAGUCACAUUCGACGGGAUCAGGGAAGAACAGACGGACUACUACUAGAAUUUACUCAUCGCAGGAGAACUACUUCAGCUAUGAACUGGUUUUAUUUGGGAAAGCGUCAGGACAAGGGGGGGAUAACCCUUCUCUACCGGCAGGACGUUAUACAUACCCCUUCCGAUACCAACUGCCAGCUGGACUCCCCUCCUCGUUUGAGGGCUCUGUAGGGAGGAUAAGAUAUUGGCUCAGUGGUAUCAUUGACAAGCCAUGGAAAUUUGACCACACAACGAAAAGGGCUUUUACAGUUGUCAAUCUUUUGGACCUCAACACUGAACUUGGGGCUAUGGAAGGUGCAAGGGGUGAAAAUGAAAAGACUCUGUGUUGCUUAUGCUGCAAAUCUGGACCAAUCAGCUGUAGGUUUGAAAUUGACCGAUGUGGCUAUGUUCCGGGGGAAUCAAUUCCUAUCAAAGCUGAGAUCAUCAACCACAGUAACAGGAGAAUGACCAGAUCAUAUGCUGAAUUAUACAUGGUCGUGAAGUACCACGCAACACGGAAGUCACGAACAAACUUUCAGAAAAUAGGGGAAAUAUCACAUGGAGAAAUCCUUCCUGGUGACUCUGAUUCAUGGAAUGGGGACCUUCUGAGGAUACCACCAGUGCCGCCAUCCAAGUUACAGGGAUGCAGAAUAAUCGAAAUUGAGUAUUUCGUAAAGUUCUGUGUGAAUCCUUCUGGACCCGCAUUCCAGUUAGAAGUACCGCUCAGGCUGAUCAUCGGAUCCAUACCACUCAGGUCCACACUCCAGCAGUACGGGUUUGCUCCUCCACCCCAGGGCCCCGACCAGUCCCAGCUGCACCAGGGAGGGGCACAGGCUUCAGCUCAAUACACAAUGCCACCUCCAUCCUACGCAGAAAGUGUGUUCGGCACAGUGGACAUAAAGGAUGAUGCCGACACGGAGUAUACCAAAGGAGAAAUGAACUAUGCUCCAGUGUACACGUACUACAACUGGGAACAAACAGCUCAGCCUUCUGCUCCUCCACAAUAGAUGCAUCUUCUUCAAUAGCAUCUGAAACAAUAUGGAACUGCUCAGCUGACAGCUCCUCAACAAAAGACGUAUCUUCAUCAAUAGCAUCUGUAGCAACAUACAGCAGCCCAGCCAUCACCUCAACCACACUAGUUACAUCUUCAUAGCGUGAAUGUUCAACAUGCACCACCUCAGCAUUCAGCUCCUCAACACCUGACACAUCUUCUUCAAUAGCAUCUGUAGCACCAUACAGCAGCCAAGCCAUCAACUCAACCACAUUAGUUCGAUCUUCAUAGCGAGAAUGUGCAACAUGCACCACCUCAGCAUUCAGCUCCUCAACACCUGACACAUCUUCUUCAAUAGCAUCUGUAGCACCAUACAGCAGCCAAGCCAUCAACUCAACCACAUUAGUUCGAUCUUCAUAGCGAGAAUGUUCAACAUGCACCACCUCAGCAUUCAGCUCCUCAACACUAGACACAUCUUCUUCAAUAGCAUCUGUAGCACCAUACAGCAGCCAAGCCAUCAACUCAACCACAUUAGUUCGAUCUUCAUAGCGAGAAUGUUCAACAUGCACCACCUCAGCAUUCAGCUCCUCCACAGUAGAUACAUCUUCACCAGUAGCAUCUGUAACAACUUGCAGAAGCCUAGACAUCAACUCCAGCACAAAAGAUGCAUCUUCAUCGCUACUAUUUCACACCCAGCCACAGCGUUAGAUUCGAAUAAUAUUCGAGUGAGUAAGUUUUGUUUAGGGCCGCUUUUAACAGUAUUCCAGUUAUAUCACGGCGUGUCAGCUUAAUGUGGGAGGAAAGCCCCAAGUGAUGCAGGUCUCAGGCGUUUACCACUUCAGUGAAACCCACGACCACGAGUAUGG